CCUAACCUGCAGGGUUUCAGGCGUUCAGUCCUGUCAAAAUUUGCACCAGUGAAAAAACCGUUAGUGUUCCCCGUUUGUAGUAAUGACACAGUGGAUGUACGUCGUUGAUGCAACUUUCUCUAUGUCCUCUGUUUUCUUUAUCUAGCGGAAGGUGCACUCUACAAUUAUGGAGUUUUGAAAAGGAAAGUGAGAAUUUUGGGGGGAAAGGGGGCCUUUCCCCUCAAAUUUGAUGGUUGGACUGCUGGAAAAGAAGGUCAGGGGGUUGUUGAUAUUGUUGCCUUUUGUAAAUCAGUAGAGGAAAAACUAUUUUUGCAAACACUGAAAUGUACAAUUUUGUAUAGAAAAACAGAAGAAGUUUUGUAUUUAUUGAAUCUUAAAUGCCAUUGUAUGCUGCAAGCACCUUAGUUUGUGUGCAGGUGUUGGUCGAGAUGGUGGACUGAAAUAAGUCACACAAAGGCUCUGGGGUUGCUAGGGUGCGGUGGAACCUCAACACAAGCACAAUUCUAGCACUCCAAACCAUCUCGACCUUUUGUAGAUACAUCGUUUUUUAUGUACCUUUUGCCUCUUGGAGAGCAGCUCUGUUAUAGUUUGCAAUUUAGUUGCAUUGUUUUUGGUUUGUUACUUUACAUCAUAUUGUUUUUGAGUUUGUUUGCAAUUGUGGGUGGUGGGCUAUCAGAAGGACUUUGCAACACAUAAGGGAGGAGGGUUCACUGUGAAGAUUUGGUGGUGGUCAGGAUGAGUCUGGCACCGCCGGACUGCACCCCCAAAUGCCGCUCUCAGCAGCAUGCAGACGAGGUGGUAGCAGCACUGACGGGUGGCUCUGAAGGGCAGCUGCGGGCAUUCUUGAGUUCACACUGCCACAAUGCGGCCACCUUGCGGGAUGCCUUUGGCCGUACAGCCCUGCACCUGGCAGCCUCACUGGGAAAGAAGGCCCUGCUGGAGUGGCUGCUGGAGAGUAAGAGUGCUGACCUGAUGGUGAAGGAUAAGGAGUCCUGCUGGACUGCUCUUCAUCGCAGCGCCUUCUACGGACAGAUCCACUGUCUCAUAUCGCUCAUCAAGCAUGGUGGACUUCUCUCCACUCAGGACAAGGAGGGUCUCUCUGUCUUGGACUUGACAAUGAAGGACCGACCAGCACAUGUUGUGUUUAAAAACACUGACCCAACUGAAGUAUACACAUGGGGAAACAAUACUAAUUUCAGUCUCGGCCAUGGUAAUCAGGAGAGCCGACAGCACCCUGAGCUUGUGGAUGUGUUUGCCAGGACUGGAGUUUACAUCAAGCAGGUGGUCCUGUGUAAGUUCCACUCUGUGUUCCUGUCUCAGAAAGGCCAGGUGUUCACUUGUGGCCAUGGACAAGGAGGACGACUUGGCCAUGGAGAUGAACAGACUUAUCUGGUUCCUCGGAUGGUGGAGGGUCUGAUGUCCCACCACUGCUCCCAGGUAGCAGCAGCUAAAGACCACACAGUGGUACUGACAGAGGAAGGAUAUGUUUACACUUUCGGCCUCAACACCUUCCAUCAGCUAGGCCUAGCUCCUCCUCCCGCCUCAGCACAUGUCCCCAAACAGGUGUUCUCCAAGACGCUGAAAGGGAGGACAGUGAUUGGAGUUGCAGCAGGAAGGUUCCACACAGUGCUGUGGACUAGGGAGGCUGUCUAUACAAUGGGACUCAAUGGAGGGCAGCUGGGUUACCUCCUGGAUCCUAAUGGGGAGAAGUGUGUGACAGCCCCCCGGCAGGUAUCAGCCCUGCACCACAAAGAUGUUACCAUAGCCAUGGCAGCAGCUAGUGAUGGAGCAACAGUAGUUGUGACGGAGAAGGGGGAUGUCUACCUGUUGGCUGACUACCAGUGCAAGAAAAUGGCUUCAAGGCAGCUCAACAUCAAGAAGGUUCUGGUCAGUGGUGGCAGUCUGGACCACCGUGUGGAUCCACAGAUGCUCAAUGAGGGAGGAGGGGAAAAGGUGGCUGUCUUGGCGUUAGAUGAAGCUGGCAGGGUUUUUUGCUGGCGUUCCUCCGGCAGCUCGGUGAGACAGUGCCGGUGGGCGUACGGGCGUCAGGUUUUCAUGUCGGACAUAUCGUUCAGCAAGAACAGCAUGAUGUUUGUGACUCAGGAGGGGGAGGGCUUCAGUGGCGUGUGGGCUGGAGAAUAUAAGAAGUACGGUGAGAAGAAAGAGGUCAGUGUGGAGGUUUGUGGCCAUUCAGAUGCUGGGACAGUGUACGAGCGAAUCCGCCUUGAGAAACUCCCGUACGUCCACAGAGCUGUCAGCAUCACCAUGGACUCUAAAGGCCGAAACUUUGGAGUGCUUCAGGCUGAUCCCAAAACAAGCUUGUAUGAGAUUCCCAGCAUUUCUCCAUCCUCCUUCUCCCAACACUUCCGGAGCCUUCUGGAUGAGGCAGAUGAAAUGGACAGCAUCCACGACGUGACGCUUCAGGCCGCUGAUCGCACCUUCGUUGCUCACAAGUACAUUUUGUCCAUGAGGUCUGAGUUUUUCCGGAAACAGUUCAUGUCCGAGCACUGCGGGGUUGAUGAGGAUCUCGAUAAGGAAGUGAGGAGGAGCGAAGACGCUGUGGGCUGCGAUUUACUCAUUUUCGAAAAAAUCCCGCCGGACAUGUUGGAAUACGCCCUGCACUUCAUCUACACAGACUCCUGUGAGCUGCUGGUGCAUGGUUCCCGGCCGAGAGUCUCGGGCCUGAUGGGGCAAAACCAGGAUGUAGAGCAGCAGAGGAUUAUCAGCAGCCUGCAGGACUUGGACCUGAGAGGUUGUCCAGCCCUUGAGGUGUACCGCUCCCUUCCCUCUGCAACCAGAGGAGAUGGUGACAAGGCCAAGAGCAAGGGUUCCAAGCCUGGCAAGAAGGGGAAAGGAGGCAGAGGUGACAAGGUUGGAGCCAAUGAAGGAGGGGCCAAUCCUGUCAAAAUAUUGCAGGGUGUUGCGAAGAAGCUCGGCCUGGGCAGCCUGUCGGCACGACUGGACGGAGUCAAAUAUGAAAAUGGAAAAAUCAACAUCAUCAACAAGAAAACUGGCAACAAACCCAAGUUUUGCCAGAGGAAAUGCUCCUACCUUUGUGAUGUUACUCUGAAAUCUGAAGAUGGGAAAGAGUUUCCUUGCCACAAAAGCGUCCUCUGUGCCAGACUAGAAUAUUUCAACAGUAUGCUUGGAAACCCCUGGAUUGAGGCCACAUCCUGUAAUGCACUGGAGAUGCCAACAAGCUCAGAGAUUCUGCAGGUCAUUCUCGAAUAUAUUUACACAGAUGAGUCUCCCACCAUUAAAGAGUCUCUGAAUGUCGAGUUUGUCUGCAACGUAUUGGUUGUGGCCGACCAGCUGCUCAUCACGCGACUGAAGGAGAUGUGCGAAGUCGUCAUCACAGAGAAUUUGACUCUGAAGAACGCUGCCGAGCUGCUGGAGUUUGCCGCUAUGUACAACGCAGAUCAGCUGAAACUCUCCUGUCUCCAGUUCAUUGUCCUCAACAUGGCCGCCCUGCUGGAGUCAAAAGCUCUGGAUAUUCUUAGUGAUGAGGUGCUUGUGGAUCUUUCUUCAGCUUACAGGAGAAUGAUCCCAGCCAUGCAAAAGAGAGUUAUCACUCCAUACCCUGGCGCUCCAGAUCUCAGUGUAUAUGAGGAUGAAGACUUGGACUCAGCAUUCAGCCUGAAACAAGAGGCAGAACUGGAUCACUCCUGCAGGGAUAUCCUGUUAAAGAAAGCCAAGAUGAAAGCUAAAAAGAAACCAAGGCGACGAUCUGACAGCUCAGGGGGCUACACUCUGUCUGAUAUCAUCCAAAGCCCCCCUACUGCAGUGGUCUCCCCGUGCCUGGUGAAGUCAGUGAAGGCUAACUCGACAGAGUCCCUGCAGGAGCUGCUCACAUCAGACUCAGAGGGCAGCUACAUGGGGGUGGGCAGUCCCCGAGACAUUCAGUCACCGGUCUUCCAUGACAGAGCUGAGGAUGAGAGGGCUUUCAGUCAGAGGCUGAAGACUCCACCCAGCACCCCAACUUCCCUGAGAAACGGCUUCCCAACUCCCCCCAACUCUGCUACACAAAUCAUCCCCAACGUUCUGCCCUGUCCUACUCGUCCACCCCCAGUCUUGGAUCUGAGAACCAUCAUGGACAUGGAAGCCAACUCUCUGCAGACCCUCGGAGCAACUCCUAAAAGUCCUGGAGGGUAUGUGAGUGUCAGCACCAGCAUCAAGCACUCCCCUGUUCCCACUAAAUUGUCCCAGAAGCAGAGGAAGAUGCUGGCCAUGGCCAGCAAGGAAGCCAGUGUGGAGUCCACAGCAUCCAAACCAACCCCCACAGUUACCCCUUCCAAAAGCAGUGGGAAGGCCUGGGCAACAGCAGUCCAGUCCCCUCCCUCCUCAUGCUCAUUUCGGGCACUGCUGGAGGAGGAGGAGAACAGCUUAAUCAGAGUGGGGCAAGCAGGAACACAGAGAGGCCAAGGUGCUCAGGGAUCACCUGUCACUCCUACAUCUGCUGCCAGAAGGGUCACGUUCAAAUGUGCUGAAAGCAGCGAGCCAGAGAAACAGACUGGGCCCUGGGUGCUGGGUGCAGUGAGCAGCCCUCCCCCGUACUCCCUGGUGACCUUUGCCUCCAUUGUGGAGGAGGAGAAGCAGCAGGAAGCUGCACUGAUCCGCAGCCGAGAGAAGCCGCUGGCGCUCAUCCAGAUCGAAGAGCGAGCCAUCCAAGACCUUCUGCUCCAUUAUAAGGCACGUGACAACCCCGAUGAGCUGAUAGUGGUUGAGAGGUCUUCCAGAGGUCCUAUGGCAGCCCCAACCUGGAACAAACACUAAUGUUUAACAGCACAGCCACUACAUACCAUCAAAGUGAGAACAUCCCCUGCAGUUGUCAUUCUUUAUCGUUGGCAGCGUUCCUGCUGCAGCUUCCCCUGAAACAUCUUAAUCAGAUCCAUCAGUCCGUGUUGAGAAGUACCUCAGACACAUCCAGAGUCUGAGGAAAUCUAUGCUUCCCUCUGCAGUGUUACUUUAACUUUUAUUGCUGCUCAACAUUUUGCUUGUGUGGGAGAUAGAGUGAGUGUUGUUCAUAAUUGAAUGUGGUCCUGAAGAGACCUUUGGGCCAGAGAUUACUUGUGCAUGUUUUGUUUUGGUUUUUUUUGAUAGGGUUAUGUCUAUGUAAAAGUAAAUAACUUUCCCAAAUAAAUAUCUUUAGUUAUGUGAAGAUAAAGUUGCCAAAGAAACGACAAGAAAUGGAGAUGUUAAAACCAGAAAAUGGGUCCAAACUAGAUCACCUCCAGGGCUUGUAUGUGUUGAAUCAGUGAAAGCUCUCAAUGUGAUUAAGAAAGUAAGAGUGCCAAUUAUCAACCUUGGCAGAGCAUCAGCUGUGCUUAAGAAGUAAAAUAAAGUGAAGUGUUUACCAAGGCAGUACCUUUUUUAGUUUCUUUUUAAGGUCCUUAUGCCUUCUUAGUACAUUGUUUUGACUCAUUGCUUCAGCUGAUUUGCAGUGACAUGGUAAUCUUGCAGGAAUCCAUAAAUAUGUUUUUCAUAUAUUAAGAAAAUGCUUGUGUUUCAUUUUUAAAAUACAUCAUUUGAUGCAGUUACAGUGAAUGGUAAAUGCCCAGUGUGGUUGAUUGUGAGGUACUGGCUUUCUAGCCUUUGUAGUUAUCACUAGUGUGUCAUAGACGAGGUGGUGUGCCUUUAUCAAAUAAUGACAAGAUGCACACAGAUACAGCAGCUACAUUUUUUUUUUUCAUUAUUUUCUUUCUUUGAUCAUUUAGUUGUUUUAUUCUCCGGGUUUUUUUCUGGAGCAAAGUAAGCCCAGUAGGUACCUCAGAUCUGUUAUCUCAUCUCGAGAUGCCAUUUGUGCGUGCGUGCGUGCGUGCGUGUGUGUGUAUGUGAGUGAGAGGUAGGGAUAUGAAGCGAAAAUGGCAUGCAAUAAAAUAUCUCACCUGUGCAAUGA